AAUGACAAUUGACUGCUUGUGUAAUGACGUAUCUAUUCGAAGAAAUUGAAAUUUCGAUUUGUGGCGAAAAUUAUCUAAAAAGAGUAAAAUAAUAUCGUUAAAACUUGAUUUGCAGAUGCACACUGUUAUUGUAACGUUACAAUAGUAGUGGAUUUCAAAAACUUCGCCAUAAAUGGGUUUCUAAUUAAUUUACAUGUACGAACGCCAAACAAACAAUGGCAAAAACUAAGGUAACAGGCGCGACCAGUCGCCUGAAACAGGACUAUCUCAGGCUGAAGAACGAUCCUGUGCCGUACGUGACCGCGGAGCCCGUUCCCUCGAAUAUAUUAGAGUGGCACUACGUAGUGAAAGGCCCGGAGAAGAGUCCGUACGAAGGCGGAUACUAUCACGGCAAAAUUAUAUUUCCGAGGGAAUUCCCGUUCAAACCACCGUCUAUUUACAUGAUCACGCCAAACGGGCGAUUCAAGACGAACACAAAACUGUGCCUUAGCAUCACUGACUUUCACCCAGACACAUGGAAUCCGGCGUGGUCCAUCUCCACCAUACUGACGGGUUUGUUGAGUUUCAUGCUGGAGAAGACGCCAACGCUCGGCUCCAUAGAGACGUCGGACAAUCAGAAGCGCUGCCUGGCAGCCGAGUCGCUGGAGAUCAAUCUCAAAAACAAAAUGUUCUGCGAACUGUUCCCUGAGUAUGUGGAAGAGAUAGAGAAGCUGUUGAAGGAGCGCCAGGAAGCCAUCUUGCAGCUGGACAGCGCCAACAUGAGUGACAGUGAAGUGAUGGCUGAACAGCAGUCCAACAUGCACUUUAUCAUGACAAACUUAUUUGUGCUCGUCGGCUUUGUGUUCCUCGCCUGUAUGGUGAAAUACGUCUUGAUUUCAAUAUCUAAUGAUAUUCAAUAAAAUAAUGCUUGCAAUUAAAAUUUGGAUGUAAAUAUUGUAAUUUAUUAUGUAUAUAAUAUAUUAAACGAAAAGUUUUAUAGACUUGUUAAAUGUAGCACUGAUGUGUAAAAGCAGAUCGCUUAAACAUGUAAUUGUAUGAAUGCAAUAAUGCUAAUUUGGUUGUUCGCAACUCUCAACUAAAUAGACUCUAGAAAUAGUGCUAUUGUUCUCAAGAAAUGAAUAGUCACUACUGUCUUAGUUUAGAGAUUUGUCUGCAGUUGAAUUAGUGCCAAUAUUAUGUUAGUUAUACGUGUUUGCUUUGAUUUGUGAUGGUGGAAUUAUAAAAUGUAAUUUUAUAUAUAAAUUUUGGUAUUAUAAAUGGAUAUCUGUUAGCUUGUGUUAAAUAUCACCAUUAAUGUUGUAAUCAUGACCAUUUCACAAGUAUUCUAUAAUUAACAAGUUCCAUAAUACAAAUAAAUUGAUCUGCACUGAAUACUGUUAAUAAGUUAAAUAUUUUUAUAACCACAAUAGCUGUGCCUUUAAGUGGCCUAUAACUGCAAAACACUUCUAACAGCCUAUUCUAUGAUGACUAAACAAAGGUUUAUUUGAAUAAUUGUUUCAAUUUUCUUGUAUUACACAUGUAAAAUGUAUAAGACCAUAUUUAAUUGGACAGAUGGUGUUGUAAAAUUUGUAGAUUUAAAAAAAAACAUUGUGUGUUUUGUAUCUCCUGUGAAAGAAAAA